CUCCCUUCUCUUUUUGGUGUCGAGAGCUGUGUUUCAUGAGAAUUCUCGCUCGAACUUUUUAUUUACCUCGUCAUGCUUCGUUAGAUGGCUGCCCACCAAUUCUUUUGGGUGUCCACUUGAUUCUUUUGUCCUCUCUCUCUCUCUCUCUCUCUCUCUCUCUCUCUCUUCCUCUCCAACUCUCUCGGUGUUCUCAAGAGCAGCGAGUGCAAACAGGUUAUACAAUAACUACUACAAUUGUCUCCCUUCUACGCAAAGCAAUGUCAGAGCAAGCCCCUGCUCACCACCACAGUGGAGAAGGAUGGGUUGGAAUCCGUAAUGUGAAGACAAAGAAUGCUGUGAUGUAUAUUUUUCUCAAGAUAUCUGAUCUUCGAAGAAGAAGCCCUUUUGUUUGAUUCAAAGGUGGAGACAUCCUUCCUCCUCCGAGUGCCAAAGAGGUUAGGUUCUUGGAGCACCGACAAAAGAAAAGAUCAAGCCUCGAUCCAGAUGAAAGAAAAAGGUAGAGGACUCUUUCUUUGAUUCACAGAUGAGGAAUCCUGCUCAUAUGAGAAUCUAAGCCUCACUCCAGGUGAAAGAAAAAGGUAAACGACUCCCGGUCCGACUCCGACUCCUCAGGCUUACAUUCGAGCAUCCUCUGCUAUGUUAGUCUUGUCAGAAUGACAAAGGAAAAGUUAUUGAUCGUAUAUUGUUGUAAUGUGGUAGUCGUCGGAGGAAAUAUCCACAGAUUGUAAGGACUCCGUCUGCUUGAUAAAUGUGUUUUAUCUUCAUUGCUCUUACAGCAGUGAUGCUCAAUUCUGAGAGGUAGGUGUUUCGACCUUGUAAUGGCGUCAUCUUGGGAGUAUAUGGGGGACGUGGCCAACGUCGUCCAGCUGACCGGCCUCGACGCCGUCCGCCUGAUCGGCAUGAUCGUAAAGGCCGCCUCUGUUGCGCGGAUGCACAAGAAGAAUUGCCGGCGGUUCGCGCAGCACCUGAAGCUGAUCGGCAGUCUCCUGGAGCAGCUCAAGAUCUCGGAGCUCAAGAGGUAUCCCGAGACGCGCGAGCCGCUGGAGCAGCUCGAGGAUGCCCUGAGGAGGUCCUACAUUCUCGUCAACAGCUGUCAGGACCGCAGCUACCUGUAUCUCUUGGCCAUGGGGUGGAACAUCGUGUACCAGUUCAGGAGAGCACAGAGCGAGAUCGAUCGGUACUUGAGACUGAUUCCACUGAUCACUCUUGUCGACAAACAUAGAAUCAGGGAAAGAUUGGAGUAUAUUGAAAGGGACCAAUGUGAAUAUAGCUUUGAUGAAGAAGACAGGAAGGUGCAAGAUGUUCUGCUAAAUCCAGUUCCUUGCAAAAGUCAGAGCAUGGUUCUCAAAAAGUCUCUUUCUUGUUCAGACUCAAGCAUGUCAUUUGAUGAAGCUCUUCAGAAAGAAAAUGAGAAGCUUCAGAUGGAACUUCAAAGAUCACAAACUAACCUGGACGUAGGUGCAUGCGAACUUAUCCAACAAUUGCUUGGACUAACCGAGACUAUGGCAAGUGCGUUCCCGGAGAACACCGUAGAACUGAAGAAUUAUGAAAAUGUGGAGUCAGCAUCUGUUGAUGUCCUUGAUGGCAAAGAAGAUUAUUCCUCUUAUGGGAAAUAUUACAGCCAGCAAGAUGACACUUGCAAGGCAUCAUCAAGAACUUCAUCUAUAGCUUCUUCUGGUCAUGAUUUGCUUUCAAAUAAGGCAUCAUCCAGAUAUGAAGAAUGGCACUCAGAUUUACUCGGUUGCUGCUCAGAGCCAUUUUUGUGCAUCAAGACAUGCUGUUUCCCUUGUGGGACUUUUUCAAAAAUCGCUUCGGUGGCAAAAAACAGACAUGUUUCUUCUGCGGAAGCAUGCAAUGACUUCAUGGCGUAUGCAUUGGUUUUAUCCUGUUGCUGUUACACAUGUUGCAUCAGGAGAAAGCUUCGUAAAAUGCUGAACAUUACGGGAGGUUUAUGUGAUGAUUUCCUCUCACACCUGAUGUGCUGCUGCUGUGCCUUCGUUCAAGAAUGGCGCGAAGUGGAGUUUCGUGGGACUAAUGUUGUCGAUAAGACGAAAACAAAUCCACCAGCUUCUCAAUACAUGGAAUCUUGACUACACAGAAUGGCAGCAAUAGACCUCAGUCUGGCCACAGGAAAUGAUGGAAGUAGUGCUAGUCGUCUUGUGUGUACAAUAUCUGUGUGUGUGUGUGUAUGUGUAGUACUGGUAUAUUGCACUUGGGUAUUCAUUCAUUUGUAAGUGAAGAUAACUUGGUGUGUUUGUAGAACGGGAUAUGCUUCUGCUAUUGAAAGUAAAAGAAGGUUAAUUAUUGCA